AUGACUAUAAUUAAUAAAAUUGCAAAUGAAAUUGGAAUAUCAACUCUUUUAAAAUCCAAUUCAGAUGUUUAUAUCAUAACAAUACUUCGUAUGCUUAGAUUUUUUGGAUUUACAAGUAUUUCAUUAGUUUUAGCAAUUUUCUUAAAAGAAGAUGGAUAUAAUGAAAAAUUUAUUGGUUAUUUAAUGAGUUUAACAUUUUUUGGUGAUUUAAUUACAUCAUUUUUAAUAUCAUUAAUUGCAGAUAAAAUUGGUAGGAAAUUUACAUAUAUUUUAUCAUCAAUAAUUAUGAUUUCAACUGGAUUAAGUUUUAUUUAUUUCCAUGAACAUACAUUAAUUAUUUUUUUUGUUUCAUUUAUUGGUAUUAUAACACCUCAUGGUGGUGAAGUUGGACCUUUUAGAUCAGUUGAAGAAAGUAUUAUAGCAGAUUUAUGUAAAUAUGAAGAAAGGUCAGAUAUUUAUGCAUGGGGUUCAUUUUUAAGUAAUUUAUCAUCUGCAAUUGGUUCUUAUUCAAUUGGGAUAUUGAUUAAUUAUAUGGAAUUGAAAUAUAAUAUUAAUAAAAUUGAUGCAUAUUUGAUGGGAUUUUGGGUUUAUAUCUUGGUUGCAAUUAUUAUGGCUAUAUUAUCAAUGUUUUUAAGUAAUAAAAUUGAGAUUCAAAAACAUGAUCAAGAAACAAGUGAAACAAGUGAAACAAGUCCAUUAAUUACAUCCCGUGAACAACCAUCUAUUACAACCACAAAGACUCAAUCAUUUUGGUCAAAACUUAUACCAAAUUUAUCUGGGGAAUCAGCUUCAGCAAUUGUUAUUAAAUUAACAUUAUUAUUUGCACUUGAUGCAUUUGCAUCAUCAAUUAUUUCAUUUUCAUGGCAAUCAUAUUAUAUUCAAAAAAAAUUUAAUAUUACAACAGAAGAUUUAGGUGGAGUUUUUUUCAUAACAAUGAUUAUAACUGCAAUAACUGCCCUUUUAAGUACUUCAUUUUCCAAAAGAUUAGGACCUGUUGUUACAAUGGUUUGUACUCAUUUACCUUCAUCAAUUACAUUAGGUUUAAUUCCAGCACCAAAAUCAUUUAAAAUUACAAUUUUUUUAUUAAUUAUUAGAGCAUUAACACAACAAAUGGAUGUUGCACCCAAGAAAGUGUUUAUGACUACUGUGAUUAAACCAUCACAAAGAACAGCAAUAUUAGGUUGGGUUAAUGUUGUCAAAACAUUAGCACAAUUAGCAGGUCCAAGUAUAACUGGUGUAUUAACUAGUUAUGAAUUACAAUGGGUUUGUUUUGUUAUAGCAGGUUCGUUGAAGAGUGUUUAUGACUUGGGUAUUUGGGUUUCAUUUUUGCAAUAUAAUAGACAUAAUGAGCAUUGA